AUGAGUGUCAAAAAGCCCAAUGUCGAGCUAACAAGCGACAUUGAUUUCAUUGAGACUCCUGCUGCUAAGCCCUCUCAAUUUGAAACUGGCAAGGACUGCGGCAUUGCCCUGACCAAUUCCCCAUCCAUCCACAAUGGACCCUUGCCCGCCGACGGUGCUGGAAAUGAGAGCUUCUCUAACCUCAUCCUUGGUGGCACCCUCAUUGGAGUUCCUGGCCUCUUGACCUACUUCCUGGGUGGUGGGCUGAAGACCUUUGUUUUCAUCGCCCUCAUCUCAGCCCUUCCUAUCCUCGUGGCCUUCUGGACCUACACAUCUACCUACAGCCCCCGCACCAACGAGAAAGUUAAACUCCCCGGCCGACCCAUUGAGCAUUACCUGACCUUCAAGCGCGAAGAGGACAAGUCGAAAUGGCACGGAAAGAAAAUCCCCAUGCAGACCUUCGCGGAGAUGUAUCUGGACGGCUUGGUGGAUUUCAACGGUGACACAUUGGAUGUGAUGGAAUACCGCCACGAUUGGGCGAACUUCGCGUUCACCUGGGAGCUGUUUAAGUUCAUUGUGUUCACGUUCUUCAUCGAUGUCAUCUUCCACACGAAGGCCCAGGAUGAUGAGCAGAUUCGUCCCAACUAUGAUUGCGGUAACGACCACUACGCUUGGUUCCUUGGUCCUCGCAUGAUCUACACCUCGGGGAUUAUCUCGGACACUGAUAAGGAAGAGACUCUCGAGGAGAUGCAGGAUAACAAGAUGGCUGUCGUUUGUGAGAAGAUCGGUCUCAAGGAAGGCGAGACUAUGUUGGACAUUGGUUGUGGCUGGGGAACCCUUGCCAGAUUCGCUAGUCUGAACUAUGGCGCCAAGGUUACUGGUCUCACCAUUGCGGAGAACCAGACUGCUUGGGGUAACGAUGCUCUGCAAAAAGCUGGUAUCUCGGAUGAACAGAGCCGCAUUGUCUGUAUGGACUACCGUGAUAUCCCUCGCCAGAAGUAUGACAAGAUCACACAGCUGGAAAUGGGCGAGCAUGUCGGUAUCCGCAAACUCACUGGAUUCUUCCGGCAAUGCUAUGAUAUGCUCAACGAUGAUGGAGCUAUGUAUGUUCAGCUCUCUGGGCUGAGACAGGCAUGGCAGUACGAGGACUUCAUCUGGGGUUUGUACUUGAAUAAGUACAUCUUCCGUGGUGCGGAUGCUUCGACCCCUCUGUGGUAUUACGUCAAGUGUUUGGAGCAAGCUGGAUUCGAGGUCAAGGGAAUUGAUACCGUCGGUGUCCACUACUCUGGUACUCUCUGGAGAUGGUACCGUAACUGGGUUGGAAAUUUCGAAGCCAUCAAGGCCAAAUUCGGACCAAGAUGGUACAGGAUUUGGGAACUGUUCCUCGCUUGGUCUGUCAUAGCUUCUCGUGAAGGCUUCGCCACCUGUUACCAGAUGGUUGUAGUCAAGAACCUGAACUCGACUCAUCGCAUCAACGGACUGUCUAGUCAGUUUGGCCUUGGUGGUGCCCUCGAAUCCAGCAGGAAGGCGGGCAAGUCCCGUCUGCCCUGA